GUGUUUGUAAAUCUAAUUCUAGAGGCAUACUUGUUUUUGUUCAUCUCCAUAUCUAGGAAAUUUAGUAUUACUCAUCAGUUUAAAAAUAAAGCAAGUAUUUUAUAUAAAAGACAAUAUUUUGAUAACUAAAAAUAUGCAGACCAUUCAUAAUGACAACUUAGAUAAAUACAAAACAAUAUUUUCUUUAAUCAAAACGAACUCAAAAACUGGAUGACCUAUUUUCGAGUUUUGCAUUCGUACUUCCGAGUACUUCGUAGAUCUAGAUUCAAGAUCUAGAUUCUAGAUCUAGAUCUAAUUCUAAUCUAGAUCUAGUUACUACUGCUGUACUGGAGAUCAUCUUAAGUUGAGUCUAGAUCUAGAUCGCAUAGAUCUAGAGCUAUAACUUUUCAGAUAAUAACCAAUAGUUUAUCUUUUCAAAGUUUCUGCUGAUGAUAUCUGAUUGAUAAAAUAUUUAAAAAUAAAAUUAGAGAAAUGGCAGAUGUUGAAGAAACAAAUACUCUGUCUGGGUCGAGUUCUUCCACAUCCCAAGACUCAACACAACCAGCUGCGUUGUCUGUUGUCUCAUCUCCAACUGCUUCAGCCACUAUUCGGCACAGCCACCUGAGAUUUCCUGUAAGAGUUGGAAUUUCAUGGGUGAAAGGAGAAAGACUUGAAGCUAUGGACUUUUCUAGGACCUGGUACCCUUCAAAAAUAGUUGAAAUAGACGAAGACCAAAAGCUUGUGCUGAUACACUUUGAAGGAUGGAACCAGAGGUAUGACGAAUGGGUGCCUAUGGAUAGUGACAAAUUGCGACCAGUCACUCGUCAUUCUGAGCGCAAGGACAAAAGUAACAGGAAACGUCGGAUUCAUCCACACCCUGUGAGUGAUCUCGCCACCAUUUAUCGGGCCGGGGAGCUAGUGUUAGCCAAGUGGUCUGACUGUAAGAAAUAUCCAGCAAAAAUUAGCAGACUAAUGGAGGAUGGCUCGUAUGAGGUCCACUUCUAUGAUGGGGUGUCUUGCAACAUUCAGGCUAUGAACAUCCAGCCCAUGCCAGAGGAGAUGAAAUCUAUGAAGUUACUCUCCAUGAAGUCGCCACCUUCUCUCAAGCCAAAACUUUCUUUUAAAAACAUUAAAGUGACUUUACCAGAAAGCAUCAAAAAGAAAGUAGAGGAAAGUAGAGAGAGAAACAAAAUGAUGGCGUCAACAAAAGCAUUUUCAUCGCAGAAGUGUUCACUGUCACCCAAGAUGUACAUUAAAAGGGAGAUAAAACCAAACAGGCUGCAUCUCUCUCCACUCAAGAUAAGAGCAUUCAAAAAGUCACACACAUCAGGGGAGUCUGAAGCUUCCAUGUCGCCAGUGAUUGAAGCAGGCUGUAGCAAAACAUUUUCACCAUCUCCCGAGGUCAUUGACACAUCCUCAACCACUGCAUCUCCUUCACUGCCUGAUCAGCUGUCCACACCAGAGACCAGCCAAGAGAAGACAACUGAGGUGCUAAAGAAAAGUGUCAUGGUUAAGGGCCCUGAUGAGGACAGUGCACUGACUCAGACCAUCACAGCAGCUGAGAUUACCCAGGCUACAGACAGUGAACCAGUACACACUGCAGCUGUCAUUAGUCAGGUCACAGAGCAUGAACCAAUACAUCUAGCCAUACCCAAACCUGUUGAAGUUUUGAAGAGACCAGGUAGAAAAAGAAGGAAAAAGAAAAGUUUCCAGUGUCACAUUAUCAAAACUGAUCACAGCAAGAAUGAAACUCCCAAAAUUCCCAAGCUGAAAAUUACUCUACCAAGCAGUGCUAUGGCGCAACCAAAGCUGGAACAGCCAAAGGUAGAUGCCUCAGCUAUCCCUACAUCAACCCAGCCCAUACCUCUGGCUAAAAUUGUCCCUGCCAAAGCCUUUGUUGUAGAGGUGGACCACAACCCCUUCAAGUGCCCCCAUGAGGGCUGCAACAAGGCCUUCAGGAAGGAGAACCUACUGGCCUACCACAUCAAGUACUACCACACGGACACAGAGUCUGUGCCCCACACACCUGGAGAGGCGGCCUCACCUCUGGUCCCCUCCCCUCACAUACAAUCCCCAAGCUCCGCCCCUGUGGUCAGACGAAGAAGAAAAAAGACCAAUAGCGUUUGUUCCACAGAUUCUGAUCUUUCCAUCGGGUCUAAGGGGAAAUCCUCCAGCAAACGGCAGCGCCACGAUUCUGAGAUUUCUGUCACCACAGCCAGUCCUGAUCUUGUCAGCCGAGACUUGUGGGCAGAUGUGAAGCCGCAACGUGUUUCACAAGACAGUUUGGUUGAUGAGGUGGCAGGGGUGGAGACGGAGGAGGAAGAAAUGGAGUCGGACAUCGUCAACUGUGUUUGUGGCCUUAGAGAAACCAAUGGUUUAAUGAUACAGUGUGACGUGUGCAUGUGUUGGCAGCAUUUUGCUUGUGUUGAUAACAAAAACACCGGCGAACCCCCAGCAAACUAUGUUUGUUUCAUUUGUGAAAACACACCAGGGAUCCGGGACAGCUGUAAAUAUAUCCACGACAUGGGCUGGGAGAAGAGAGGGGACCUGCCCACCUUUCCUUUCCUCACGGAGGCGCCCAGUGAGCACCUGAAGACCAUUGCCUGUGAGUGUAAUGACCUUUCGGGUACCUUACACAAGAUCAAGGCAGCGUUACAUUCUACAAGACGGCAAAUCAAAAUUUCAAAGGAAGAUGGGGACUCCGAGUUUCAGCUCUGGCAGACAGACUGGGACAACUGGACCAAGCCGGACGAAGACCUGGCCCUGACCCCAAGAUCUGCUGACCCUGACCCUUCACCUACGCCCUCCACCUUCCUCUUCUCAUCUGUCCCCACCUCCACCCCCACCAUCACAACAACCAACUGCAUGACCUUCCCACCCUUCUCUGCCACCGACCUGGUCGCGUCGCACCCUGCCACCACCACCUCCACCACUGUGUCUUCAUCAAACAUGCAUUCCUACUCAACACUGACGACAACCAUUGAGGUCUCCUCCACACUGCCCUCCCCUUCAAUUAUAUCGCAAGCUUCAGAGCAGAAUUCAACAGAAACUGUAUGCUCUAGUUCCACGCCCCCUCCAGGGAGCUUGCGCUGCAUCUCUAGCUCAGCCCCUGCCCCAACACUACCUCAGGCAAAGGCAGGUAACCUCAAUCAUCACACGUUUCCCGGCCCAAGUGGGGACUCCAACAUGGCUGUCUCCGCAGCAGACAAACCUAACGGCAGGCAGGAAGGCGUUACAGCCAAUGAUUUGACACGUGUGGACCCAGGUAAUACGAGGCAGCAGAGUUGGUCUGAAAUCACAGAAUCUCAGACGGAUCCUAAAACGAACAUUUCCGCAUUGGGUUCAGAUCCGCAAACCCCCAGGGCAAAUGUCACAGAUGGCACGCCAUUGGUGGGCCCAGCUGUGGACAGGUCAACUUUACCUGGCUGUCUGGACAAACCAGCUGUACCUGAGUCUGUGGAUAAGACGGAUCACACUAAUCCAUUACCCAUCGGCUCCCCGCUAGAUGGAGAUGCCGACGAUAACUUUUCCAACCAGUCCAAAAACUUGAGUGAACUCUACAUAGAUGUGAAUGGGGCCCAGUCUCAUUCCGCUGGUUACAACGAUGAUCAAGAUAACGAUACGGACACUGCUGAAGAGUCUGUGGACCCCUAUAAGAACUGUGAACACAACCUCCUUGUACAUGUGACCAAAGUUCACCACGACAUUGAAAAACACUUGCAAAUUCUGGAGCAACAGAUCGUUGAAUUGGAAAAGGCUGAGCAUUGCAACCCUACGGUCCAAUUGUCAGAGGAGAAUAUUUUAAACGAUGUCCCAGCACUUAAGAAAUCCCUGGGCAAGCUUGCUCGGAAUGUCUACAAAGUACAGCGACUCUGCAUACACAACUAAUACUUACUCUUAAUUUUAAAAUAUUAAUGCGAGAUAAUUUAGAGACUAAAAUAUUGAAAUUUUGUAUUUUUAAAUGAUUUAUUUUAAUUUAUAUUUGAUGUUUAUUGUCUUGAAGAUACACCAAUUGAAUAUCGAAAUAUGUAUCUGGCUGUGGUGGGUUAGUCUAAAAUAAUUUAGUUCGGUCAUUUUUUUUAUGUAUUCAAAUAUAUUUAGUUUUAGUUUUAUAUUAUAAAUUUGUUUUACAUUAAUUUGUGUUCCUUGCUGUGAAAAAUUUAAAUAUUUUGUAUACAAAAUCUUAUUAUGAUCUGUGAACUCUGAUAUUUAUCUUGUUUUUUUCCUAGUUAAUGUAAAUGACAUCACUUACAAUGUUACUCAAAAGAUACUUGUUGUUAACCGACUUGCCAUGUAUUCUGUUUUCAUGUUUAAACAACAUCUGUUUGAAAAGGUUUAAUAUUUAUUUCUAUGUCAAUCUGUUGAGAAAACUCAUCAGCAAAAAAAAAAAUAUGUACUGGAGAUUUCUGAUUAAAUAUAUAGUUAAUACAUUUUUUUGUUGUUU